AUGUUGAGUGCCCUUCUUUCUCGUCGUACAUCUGUAUCUUUGCGGGCCAUGCAGCCCAUGACGCUACCGCGUGUGGUGCCUGCCAUGUCGCGAGGCCUUGCGUCGGGCUCUGAGCCUUAUGAUGUGGUGGUCAUUGGUGGCGGUCCAGGCGGCUACGUGGCCGCAAUCAAGGCUGGUCAGCUUGGCUUGCGUACAGCCUGCAUUGAGAAGCGUGGAUCUCUUGGCGGCACUUGUUUGAAUGUUGGGUGUAUCCCAUCGAAGUCGCUGCUGAACAACUCACACAUCUUCCAUGACACAACGCAUAGCCUUAAGAAACGUGGCAUUGAUGUCAAGGAUGUGACGCUGAACUUGCCGACUAUGAUGCAGGCCAAAGAAAAGGCUGUGACGGGCUUGACAAAGGGUGUAGAGAUGCUGCUGAAGAAGAACAAGGUCGACUACAUCAAGGGUAUGGCGAGCUUUGCGUCACCGACAUCUGUGGAUGUUCAGCUGCUGGAUGGCGGUAACACGCAAGUUGAGGCGAAGAACAUCAUCAUUGCAACGGGCAGUGAAGUGACACCCUUCCCUGGUGUAGAGAUUGAUGAGAAGCAGAUCGUCAGCUCGACGGGUGCUCUGUCGCUUGAGAAGGUGCCGGAAAAGAUGGUAGUGAUUGGUGGCGGUGUGAUUGGUCUUGAGUUGGGCAGUGUGUGGAGCCGUCUCGGUGCGCAGGUGACGGUGAUUGAGUUCCAAGACAGCAUUGGCGGCCCUGGCGCCGACGCUGAGCUUGUGAAGCAGUUUAAGAAGGUGCUAGAGAAGCAGGGUCUCAAGUUCGAGAUGGGCACGAAGGUGUCGUCUGUUGAGAAGAGCAAUGGUAAGGUGUCGCUGAAGGCAGAGACAAAGAGCGAUGGCAAGACUAAGGAAUUCGAAGCGGACGUCGUGCUGAUGUGCAUUGGUCGCCGUCCCGUGACCACUGGCCUCAACCUCGAGGCUAUUGGCGUGGAAGUGGACCAGCGUGGCCGCGUCGUUGUCGAUGACCAGUACAACACGUCGUGCAAGGGCGUGAAGUGUAUUGGCGAUGCGACCUUUGGUCCUAUGCUCGCGCACAAGGCUGAGGACGAAGGUAUUGCGGCCGCCGAGAUCAUUGCUUCCGGCUACGGCCACGUAAACUACGAUGUGAUCCCUUCUGUGAUCUACACGUACCCAGAGGUGGCGUGGGUCGGCAAGUCGGAAGAGACGCUGAAGGCAGAGGGUGUUGAGUACAAGGUGGGCAAGUUCCCCUUCAUGGCGAACUCGCGUGCCAAGACCAAUGACGAAACGGACGGCUUCGUUAAGUUUGUCGUCGAGAAGGAAACGGAUCGUGUGUUGGGUGUGCACAUUAUUGGCCCGAAUGCCGGUGAGAUGAUCGCUUCCGCAUGCUUGGCCAUGGAGUACUCGGCUAGUGCCGAGGACAUUGCCCGCACAUGCCAUGCCCAUCCGACGCUGUCUGAGGCGUUCAAGGAAGCUGCCCUUGCUAGCUAUGACAAGCCUAUCAACUUUUAA